GUCGCUAAAAUGAAUCGUCCAAAACAAAAAUUAAAUAAUUCAUGACUAUGUGAACAUAGAGAAACAAAGACGAAUUCGCUCAGAAAUUUAUAAAAAUUUUGGAUCCAAAAUGUUAAACCCAAUAUGUGUGCUUUUUCUCCAUGAAUAAAUAGACUAAAAAGAUAGACACUGAAAUGACAAACGUAACAAAGCUACUUAGCUAACUACUACUGAGAGUCAUGAGUCUGAUCUUGAGAUACUUGCCCUUUUUCCCGUACAACGAGCAAGAUCCCGUGGAGGAAGAUAUUGCUGAAGCCUUGUUAGCAAUCUUCGUUGUCUUUUCCAUAGUCUUAAUCGUUGUAAACCACCAAAUUGUGCAGUAUUUAGAUGACAACAGCAGGUGGAUCAAAAGAGAAUGGAAGUUAUUGGAUGCUCUUGCAAAAGAUUUCCAGACAGUGAACAAGUCAGUAGAUGUAAUAAAGCACAGAGCUAACCAAGUGUGGGAGUCGGAGCUCAAUUUGAGAGGAAUUACUCAAACAUUGAGCGAAAUAGAGAAGCAGUGGCUGACGAAAGAAGCAAAGGUCAGCUCAGAUGCUCAGCGCUAUGUUGAAGAUUAUGAGAAACUAAUAAUAGUCACAAAUGGAGCUAGUACUAAUUUGAUCAAACGGUAUGUUUCACUUGUCUUCAAAAAGUUCAUACCAAUAGUUGAGCUUGCCCUUGGAAUUAGUCGAAUUAAGAAAGAGAUAACGAGCCAGCUUGAGCAGAAGAAAGAGUACACAAACUCCAUUGUUAAGAAACUAGAGGAGUCGAGAAUUAAAGUCAGAAGUUUGCAAGACAGGCCUAUUGAUGAGGCAGAGCAGAGCUUUGUAAUCGGUCCAAUGCCGCCAUUUCGCUCGGGGGUUGCUUUGGUCCUGGAACGCCUGGUGACUGAGGAGCCAAAACUGGUUCGUGGGGUAGGAGACAAAGUUCUAUCCUUGGUAAUGCAGCUGCAACUACUACGAGCUUUCAUGAAAGAUUUACGGGAGCUUAGACUUGAAAGUGAAAUUGAAAAGGUUUGGGUGGAGGAGGCACAACAAAUCACUGCUCGAUCACAGAACGACGUCAAUACUUUCUUGCAAGACGCUGCAGAUCAGCCUAGGUGGCUUGCCUUCAUCACUGAUUAUCGACUUUUAAGGCGCAAGUUGGAGAACGUUAUAAAUAAUGUUGGUAACGAGGUCUCUCAUCUCCUUGAAACAAAACAAAGAUACGGUUUUAACCUUAUCAAGAGACAGAGAGAUUCCUCCAAGGAUGCGGUGACUACUACUUCUUCUACUGUGAUUCUUAACCAAGUUGAUUAUCAUGAACAUAUAUCAAGCUCCCACGAACAUGAUGAAGCCAUUAAUAAGCUACGUAUCGAAUUGGAGAAUACCCGGAAGCAGUUGGAAGAGGAAGAAGCAACUAACGUCGCCACUAAUACGAGAAAAGCUUGCUUUGAGUUUUUGAGGAAAAUGACUUCCGAAGUAGAGUCUUCAGCGGAUAUCAAACGUGUUCAGCGAAUUGAGGAAACCUUUAUUCUUCUUAAGAGAUUUAUACAAGUGUAUAAGAUCAAGGUGAUGGAAGAAUCAUGCUCGGUUGUCGGUUUGGAAGAAGACGUACUUAAAUUUUUGAAGAUGACUACUAACCGUGAUCCAUAUGGAUCGAUCUUUUCCAUUAUUGGUAUGAAAGGGGUCGGUAAGACAACUCUGGCUAAGGAAAUCUUAAACCAUAAAUCCAUUAUCAAUUACUUUCAUGUUCGUCAUUUUGUUUCUGUACCGGAAGAGACUGAUGAUGUCAUACUCCUCCGCAGUGUUGGGAACCAGAUCCUACGGACCCAAGAUGAAAGGAAUGAAAAACUCUACUGGAUCAACAAGUUACGAGGUUACUUCAAUGAGAAUCCAUGCCUCCUGGUUCUCGAUAAUCUUUGGUCCAAGGAAGCUUGGGAUAUACUCAAACCUGCGGUUCUCUCAGAUAGAAACACCGGUACUAUUAUGUUGAUCACCACUCGUGACAAAGCUGUGGCUUCUCAUGCGAAUUCGAGCAACAUCCACCAACUUCGGCUACGAACUGGAGAAGAGAGCUGGGAAUUCUUCACCCAAAUAGUCUCGUGCCCUGUUGAUGAAGACGUCGAAAAGCUUGCCAAAAAAGUGGUCACAAGGACUGGAGGCCUUCCCCUUGCCAUCUUACGUCUUGGAUAUCUAUUGUCAGGGAAGAUACUUACUGAGGAGGAGUUGUCUGUGGUGCUGGAGCGUGUAACUCAAGGUCAGAACCAAAUACCAUGGGUGGCCAUUAGGGACACCAUUAAAGAAGAUUUUCCCUUGCAAUCAGAUCUUGAAAAUUGUCUUUCCUACUUUGAAUUGUUCCCAAAGGAUUCUGAAAUUUCUGCAAGGAGACUGGUUGCUUUAUGGGUUGCACAAGGAUUGAGACAAAGUGAUAAUACUAAUGGAGUGAGAACUCAGGAAAAGUUAGCCUACAAUUAUCUGCUGGAGUUAAUUGGUCGUAAUAUCAUCCAAAUAGUUGAAAGAAAGCUUAACGGGAAAGUCUUAACAUGCCAAUUUCCAGGCAUUCUAAGAGAACUCUGGCUGGCAAGCAGAACAAACAACACUGCAGUUCGCUCUUGGUCCUUAUGUGGAAGUUUAGGACAAAAACUUGCUUAUCGAUUCGACGAUGACGAUGCCAGUUUCAGUAGGAGAAUUCAUCGUCUGGAUCACUCAAAUCUUUUACCAGAGGAAAAUUGUCCUCUCUCAGUUAUGUUCUUUGAUACCCGAGAAGGACAUCAGCCAGGUGAAGAUAUACGAAACUUUCUAAGCAAGGCCAUUACAACUGGGCGCAUACUUGGCUUGGUGAUUCUUGAUCUCGAACAUGUAUACAAACCUCAAUUGCCCAGCAUCAUAGGAAAUCUAAAGAAGCUGACAUAUCUAGGCCUAAGAUGGACUCAGAUAAAGAAUCUUCCCGAAUCCAUAGGCCAAUUAUCGAGCCUACAAACUCUGGACCUAAAGCAUACUCUUGUACAAAAGCUUCCUAGCUCCAUAUGGAAACUAAAGAAGCUUCGAAACCUGCAUUUGAACGGGAGUUGUCAAAUUAAAACUAAGACUCCACCGAACAAUCUGCAUAAGUUAUCUGGCGUGCUUGUGAAUCAUGAAGGCAGGGCUUUGAUGGAUGGGCUGCCCAAGUUGAAGAAUCUUCAAAAGCUGAGGCUAACAAUCCAAUUGACACCAAGGCUGCAAGAGGAUUUAGCUAGACACAUUCAGGAACUGACCAACUUACAAUCUUUGAGUCUAAAAUCCAUCGAUGAGAGCAGCGAACCGCAGGAGCUAUACGUGCCACAUUUGAAUAACCUUACGCAGCUCUCCAGCCUAAGUUUAACAGGGAAGAUAAGAAGAUCAUCUGUCAUGUUUGAUCUACCACAAAGCCUCACUGAACUUACCUUAUCAAGUUCUGAAAUUUCAACAGGUGAUCUACUAAUGCAAAUGCUAGGGAACUACCUUCCGGAACUCAAAUUUCUCUACUUUCUUUCUGAUUCUUAUUGUGGAACAGAAAUGGUUUUCGACAAGGGCUUUCCCAAGCUUCUUGUUUUGAAUCUUUGGAAUCUUCCUAAUCUAGAAACACUGGUGGUGGAGGAAGGAGUAAUGCCAAAACUAAGAGUACUUGAAAUCAGGUCCUGCUUGAGAUUGACAGUACCUACUACUAAGCUACCCAAGUUCAGCACUCUCACAGAAUUGAAAUUGAGUAACAUGCCUGAAGAGUACACAGCCGAUUUGAAAAAGAAGUCGCAGAAGCUAAAGCACAAUCCAAGGAUAAAGUCCUUCGCUUUCCCUCCAAUGCUAAGAUCUUAUCCUCGUAACGAUAUCCUUUGAACAAGUUGUUUAAGCAAUGGCUUUACUCUACUACUUGGCUGAUUGGAAUGGCUGUCCACAAGGGAAUCUUUUUGUUCGACAUGUUGCUUGGUUUUAGUUUUUUUUUCUUUAUUAAUUUGGUUAUGUAUGUUUCUCUCAUUCUCUGUAUUGUUUAGAUAAUGUUGGUAAAUUACUGGACACAUCAUCAUUAUUAUUAUUAUUGGAGAUAUUUUUGGAUUAAGAUUUUUUUAUUUCUAUUCUUUACCACUUUCUUCA